AUGGCAUCAUCCAAUGCGAACCCGCAGGCGCCACCAGGUGCCAAUACCUCGUCUAAUUUUGCUAGGGCCGAUGAUCUGGAACAGAGAGUGGUCUCGAAGACGGAGGUGGAUACCCUACAAUCGGAAAAGCAAUCUGUGAACAGAUGGCCAACGCUCUUUGAAAUCCUCAACCGCAAAACUGAGUCUCCUGUUGAUCUGUGGUCGUUUUAUGUGUACAUGAGAGACGAACAGAGAAACAUAGACUAUCUAGACUUUUGGAUCGACACAGUGCAGCAUAUGGGUCUUUGUAAAGCCUAUGUGAAGGGACUCAAACAGUCGCUGGCUGUAAAUGAGCGAAUACGGAAUGCCGACCAGACUUUUAGCUCCGCCCCAGGACAAAGCACUCCUUUGCGCCAGACUCCGCCUUCUAAUAGACAAUCUAAUACCAGCAGCAGAGACUCGAAAUCUUCAUCGCUCUUGUUGGAACUGCUCGUGCGCAACAAUCUCCUUGAGGACUCCGAUUCGCGCAGAAUGUCUGCUUUUUUGCGGGGAGAAAGCAGUGUGCGAUCGAGCGAUCCGUUAGUGAACGCCAAGAUCGACGAGCUGAAACGAAAAUCACAGACUCCGAGCGAUGACAACUCAAAAGAUACUUCAAAAGAAUCGACUUCGUCCAAGAGAGUGUCUACAAUCAGUCCUCAAAUGAUUGAGACCAUGAUACAGCAAGAUCUGCUUCCUCCUGAGAAGCCGUUCAAGGACAGCCAUCUGGCGACGCGCGAGAAACUCAGUGAGUCGGCACAGAAUAUAGUGCGCACCUAUUUCCUCGACAGCUCGCCCAAGAGAAUAGUAAUACCUCCAGAAAUGGUGGAAAAUGUGAUCCAGGCCGUUCACCGAGACGGACGCGAUGACCCAGAGAUUUUUGACGAGCCGCGAGAGUUCGUGUUCAAAGCUAUGGAACACGAGGCAUACCCUAAUUUCCUCCGAUAUCAUGCAUUGUCAAACGUGACAUCCAAAUCAGCGGCGUACAGAAUGCUGGGCUCGUUUUUGUCUGGAUUGGGGGCUUUCUGGACCGGAUACACUCUUAUUUUUCUUGACUACCAACCAAAACGAGUGCGGUGGGUGGUUGCCGUGCCGUUCUUUUUUGCAUUCUACUUGGUGCUAAGCAGCUACUACCGGGUAGACCCCUUGCUCUAUUUUGCUGGCUACAGCGAGAGCUACGCCUCGAAAAAUGGACUUGUGCUCAUCAAAGAGCCUUUCGUGAAGAACUUGCUGCGACGCCGCUCCAGUUUCGUGCUGUUGCUCAUCUUGCUGAUGACAGCAGUUCUAAGCAUCGUAUUCGCCCUGGUGCCGGGUAGAAGGCUUUGA